AAAGUUAACCCCAGAAAUGUGCUUCCAAGUCGUCACACAAUCUUCAUACGUGGACUUCCUGGGUCCACGGACGUAGGAAAGGUCAAGGAGUACUUCUCAUCGGAGUCAAAUUCAAAAUGCUCAAUUGACUUUUUCUCAACCUCGGAAGAUCGGAAGCGAUUAUCCGUUGCCAUACGUUUCAAGUCCAAUGAUUUAGCCCGGGAAAUGAUUGCCAAGUACAAUAACAACAUGCUAUUCGGACAUCCGGUUGAAUUGACCUGGUUCAGGGAUCUUAAAAAGGCCCCAUGUAGAAUUGAUUUCAAUUUUCUCUCAGUGUUUGAGGAGCAACGACAAAGUGGUGGAAGGUCUUUCCAACGUUCCGGAUUCAGAGGAAAUUUCCGAAAUUUUCAGGACAGGCGUGGAAUGGCCAAUUCCCCUGGUAAUUAUGACAGCGGAAGAAGGGCUAGAACUGGUUCUUCAUCUUCAGGUGGUGCUGCUGAAAAUUCCGGAUUGCGUGGUCAGUCAGGGAAAGCAAGAUACAGUCGUUCACGAAGUCGGUCUUUCACAGGAUCGUCAUCGCGUAGCGCCAGUCCUUCUGGUCAGUCACGAUCCCGGUCCCAUUCUCGCAGCCGGUACGUUCGAUUUCACGUCUUAUUCUCUUUGUGGCGAAUGUGUUUCAAUGUGCAGUCGUGUCCAGUAUGUGUUUAUGCCACCUAA